GGAGGAGGGAGAGAGAGGGAUAGAGAGAAUCUGAGCUAGAGAGAGGGGGGAGGAGGGAGAGAGAAUCUGAGCUAGAGAUAGAGAGAGAAUGUGCGCUAGAGAGAGAGAAGAGGAGUCGAGCAAGGGACAGUAGAACUGAGCUAUAGUGCGUAUGAGAGGGGGGGGGAGGAGAGAGGGAUCUCAACAGUAAGUGAAUGUGAGUGAGUGAGAGAGCGUUCCUCAAUCUCAGAAGCCCGUCUGGUAAUCUCUCCUCUGUGGAACAGGAUCCAGGGCUCUCCUCUCCAGCCUCUUGCCUCCCUGUGCAUCAUCAGAACCUCCACUGUCUUCUCUGUAAAGUGAGGCAACUGUUACAACACCUCCUCCAACUCUGAGUCUGACUACAACUGCACCUCCCGGAUUGUAACCCUUCCCUGCCUGCCUGUCUGCCUGCCUGCCUGCCUGCGGCUUCAACACCUGCUGAGAAUCGUGCCUCUCCUCUCAGAGAAACACUGCUCUACCUGCGCACCCCUCUCCUGUCUCCUGUUUAGGAGGGAUCUCUUCUCCUCUUUAUUGAUUUCUACUGCCCCCCCUCACCUCCUUCCCUCUAUUUACAGCUGGUGUCUGAAAGCUCAGGGUGAACAUGAAGGCAGGCAGGACCGGGUCUCUCUUGUGGAGUUGGGUUCAGCCAGAAGAAUGGAUUUUCAAAGGGCUCCUUCUAACUCUGCUGCUCGGAGUGUGCUGGUCCCCGGGGGCUCUCUCUCUGGAGGUGUCUGUUGGGAAGAUACCGAGCCUGGAGGCUCUGAACGGCUCCGACGUGCUCCUGCCCUGCAGCUUCACCAGCUGCAUCGGCUACGAGGACCUGCUCUUCAGGUGGUCCUACAACAGGAACGGCACCUUGGAGCUGAUUACCGUGUGCAGUUCGCUGGCACCUCGAAGACAAACAACAUCUCCAUCAUCCUGUUAAACGUGGACUUCGAGGACUCCGGACAGUACAUCUGCUACGCCAAGAAUCCCAAAGAGAAGAACCGUGUGCACCGAGCGACCUACACGCUCCUCGUCGUGUCUGAGAUGAAAGUAGUAGAUAAAACCCUGACCACCAUCAUUGCUUCAGUGGUGGGAGGGCUGAUUGGGUUCCUCAUUGUGUUUCUAUUGGGCAAGAAGCUCAUCCUCUUCGCCAUCGCCAAAUCCCGAGAAAGGAAGGAGUGCCUUGUAAGCUCCUCAGGGAUUGACAACACAGAGAACGGACCGACAGGAACCAAAGGCAAUAAGAAGCCAACACCAAAGGCAUGAAGAACAUGUUCCAAUACAUAGUCUUCGAGCUAUACAAAGAGUGCAGAUAUAGAAUAGAAUGUAAUAUAAUAAUAAUAAUAAUAAUAAUAAUAAUAAUAAUAAUAAUAAUAAUAAUAAUAACAGCAAUGGACUAUUUUCCUUUUUAAAAAAAGAAAUAUUAUUGAAAUAAAAAACAUUAAUCAAUAAAUAUAUUCCUAUUUUAAAUGAGGGUUGCUGGUAGAGUUUCCCUUGUAGAAGCCUGCGCUGGGCUGGGCUGGGCUGGGCUGGGCUGGGUCUGGAGGUGAUUCCGUCCAGCGCAGGUCUUCCUGCUCUUUGCUUGAGAUAAACACAGUGCCUGUAAUGCUACACGACUCCCCCUGCUGGCGGAAGCAAUUACUGCUAUUUAAAAAAAAAAAAAAAAAAAAAAAAAACGACUAAUCUUUUUUUUAUUAUUAUCCUAGAAUCCUAUAUCCAAUAUAAGCGAAUGAUAUUUUUUAAAUGCUGCUUCAUUAACCAAUGCAUUUUUUAGCAUGUAAAAUUUUAAAAAAAGAUUUUAUAUGAACGACUUCCAGAAUAUAUUUUUCUUUCUCCUUGUUUUGAAACCUUACUCCGUCUGUCUGAGAAAAUAGUGCGUUUUUAAAUCGUUGCUCAGCAAUGCUGAAAACGUGGAGCGACUCCCUGACGCGUUACCACGAGCCUGCCUGCUCUUUGAUUGCUGGAAUGGAUUCCUGACGCAUCACAGUGUAGAGAGAGCUGAGCUGCAGCGCUAUGCCUGGGCUCAGUGCAGAGCGCAUUCCCGCUGCUUGGAUGUUAUCCCAGUUCUGUGUUCCUGCAAAGCAGCCCGGGUUGCGAUUGAAACUCGUUUAACGAUCUCUGUGUCAGUGAGCAGCAGGGCGUUCACACAGGCAGGGCUGCCGGGGACACACAGACAGACACACUGUCCCUGCCUGAGGAGAAACCACCUGGGAAAUGCACCUCGUCUCACUGAGCGGACGAGGCUAUGCGAGAUUCAGAUGUAGAUUUACUAGAAGUUUUAUGGAAAAGGGAGAGCCGUAUUAAAAAACGUUUUCUUUAAAGAAAAUCUGGUCAAGUUAAAGAGUACCCACUUGAGUUUAAGAAGGAGGUUGCUUCAGGGAAAAUGAUAUCGCAUUCAUCUUGAGUCUCUCCUGUAGCGCUGAGAUUAAGCACUCAGUUUAGUUUGUGUAUUGUGGUCUGUCCAGACCCAGCCCUGUGUGUGAAGCUCUGCUGUCUCUCGCAAUAAUAAUACUGCCCCUGGACAGGUGAGCUGGGGUCAGUCUGUGCUGCUGGGGUCCUGGGCACGGCUGCCUCAUUGCUGUACCUCAGACAGCACAGCGCUCACAGUGACCUCGCUACACAGCACCGCUAUAUUAGUGCUGGAACGCGCAAUGUCUACGAUUGGGUUUGUAACACAGGAGUUUGUCUGGCCAUUUGAAAAAAAAAACAUUUUGCAAAAUUGUCACUGGAGCAAAAAUGCUUUCUAGGAUGUAUGGUAAAGGUGUGUCCCCCGCUGCAGCUCAGGUGUGCCCCCAGCCUCACCGUGUCAGAGUGCUCUGUGUGGUUAAGACUGUAUUACACUGUGUACCUUGUGCUGUUCUGGUUGCGAUUCAGCUGAGCCUCUCUGCGCUUCUCUCUGCUCUCUCAGCUCCAGCAGUCUGAUCAAGCCAGGGAAUGCAAAAGCACCUGGGCAUAAGCACACCUGCACACAGACACACCUGCACACAGACACACCUGCACAGACACACCUGCACACAGACACACAGACACACCUGCACACCUGCACACAAACACACAAACACACCUGCACACAAACACACCUGCACACAGACACACAGACACACCUGCACACCUGCACACAAACACACAAACACACCUGCACACCUGCACACAGACACACCUGCACACCUGCACACAAACACACCUGCACACAGACACACCUGUACACAGCUCUCCCUUCCUGUCUGCCUAACCUCUGACCUCCUGACUUUAGAGAGCCCCAAUCCCAGCUACCAGGGGGAGGGGCUAAGCUUCACAAAGACCCAAUCAGCAGCCAGUACACGUUCUCUCUUUCAAUGGUCUUAUUUUCCGCUGUGGGUAAAUGGCCCAUGUGAUCCAGGUACCAUGGAGGGGAGAUCUGCAUGCAGUUUGUCCAUACAGGAAAAUACAGCCCUGUCUCAAUAUUCAAUUCAAUUCAAACAGGCUUUAUUGACGUUGUAAGAUAUUGUAGGUUUUGCCUUUGGUUCUCAGGGUAAAUCUAAAAUAAAUACACAGAUAAUUAAAUCCAGUGACUCCAGACUGAGCUGACCCAGCCAUGCCCCUGUGCAGACUGCAGAGAACUGGGAGAUGAAAGGCUGGCAGCUAUUGAGGCUCAUGGCAUGGAUUAGACCAGCGUCACAUGGCAGAAAUCAUACUGUUUAUUUUUACAUUCAAAUAUUAUUAUUAUUAUUAUUAUUAUUGGUGGUGGUAUUUCUAAUACAGAUGUCCUCAGUACUGUACUGUAUUGAAUGUGCUGGCUCUCAGAUCCACAGCGCUGAGUUCUCUAUACUGUACUGUAUUGAAUGUGCUGGCUCUCAGAUCCACAGCGCUGAGUUCUCUAUACUGUACUGUAUUGAAUGUGCUGGCUCUCAGAUCCACAGCGCUGAGUUCUCUAUACUGUGCUGUAUUGAAUGUGCUGGCUCUCAGAUCCACAGCGCUGAGUUCUCUAUACUGCACUGUAUUGAAUGUGCUGGCUCUCAGAUCCACAGCGCUGAGUUCUCUAUACUGUACUGUAUUGAAUGUGCUGGCUCUCAGAUCCACAGCGCUGAGUUCUCUAUACUGUACUGUAUUGAAUGUGCUGGCUCUCAGAUCCACAGCGCUGAGUUCUCUAUACUGUAUUGUAUUGAAUGUGCUGGCUCUCAGAUCCACAGCACUGAGUUCUCUAUACUGCACUGUAUUGAAUGUGCUGGCUCUCAGAUCCACAGCACUGAGUUCUCUAUACUGUACUGUAUUGAAUGUGCUGGCUCUCAGAUCCACAGCGCCGAGUUCUCUAUACUGUACUGUAUUGAAUGUGCUGGCUCUCAGAUCCACAGCGCUGAGUUCUCUAUACUGUACUGUAUUGAAUGUGCUGGCUCUCAGAUCCACAGCACUGAGUUCUCUAUACUGUACUGUAUUGAAUGCGCUGGCUCUCAGAUCCACAGCACUGAGUUCUCUAUACUGUACUGUAUUGAAUGUGCUGGCUCUCAGAUCCACAGCGCUGAGUUCUCUAUACUGUACUGUAUUGAAUAUGCUGGCUCUCAGAUCCACAGCUCUGAGUUCUCUAUACUGUACUGUAUUGAAUGUGCUGGCUCUCAGAUCCACAGCGCUGAGUUCUCUAUACUGUACUGUAUUGAAUGUGCUGGCUCUCAGAUCCACAGCACUGAGUUCUCUAUACUGUACUGUAUUGAAUGUGCUGGCUCUCAGAUCCACAGCGCUGAGUUCUCUAUACUGUACUGUAUUGAAUGUGCUGGCUCUCAGAUCCACAGCGCUGAGUUCUCUAUACUGUACUGUAUUGAAUGUGCUGGCUCUCAGAUCCACAGCGCUGAGUUCUCUAUACUGUAUUAGAAAUAGUCACAUAUCUUUCACAAAGCUAAUCAUCACAUCAAUGUAACCAAUGUAAAAAUGUUUAACUAACAGUAAUGCAAAAAUAAGAGUUUUUAAUUUGUUACUGAUAAUAAAUGACACGUCAGGUUUUUGACUGG